GGAAAAAUAAGUGGGCAUGGUGGUCUUGCAACGGAUUGCGAAGAGAGCGGUCUCCAUGAUCCCCGGCAGCAACGCCGGCUCCGUUCUCGGCAUCCACGUCUUCCACUGCCCGGACGCGGUGGGGAUCGUCGCCAAACUCUCGGAGUGCAUUGCGUCGAGGGGCGGAAACAUACACAGCGUGGAUGUCUUUGUCCCCGAGAAGAAGCAGGUCUUUUACUCGAGGAGUGAGUUUGUAUUCGAUCCUGCUCGUUGGCCUCGGGAUGUCGUGGACAAUGACUUCAACAAAAUAUCAAAGUUAUUCAGUGCAGAAAAAUCUGUUGUACGCGUCCCUGAUCUAGACCCUAAAUUUAAGAUUGCAGUUCUUGCUUCAAAGCAGGAACAUUGUUUGGUGGACUUGUUAUAUAGAUGGCAGGAGGGUAGACUUCCCGUGGACAUCAGUUGUGUAAUAAGCAAUCAUCAAAGAGCUCCUAAUACACAUGUUGCUCUCUUUCUUGAACGACAUGGGAUUCCAUAUCAUCACUUGCCAACAAGUGCUGGAAAUACAAGAGAAGCAGAGAUCCUGGAAUUGGUUGAAGAUACUGAUUUUCUUGUACUUGCAAGAUACAUGCAGGUACUAUCUAGAAGGUUUCUGGAGAGCUAUGGUAAAGAUAUAAUUAACAUUCAUCAUGGCCUUCUUCCAUCAUUUAAAGGAGGGAAUCCUUCGAAACAGGCUUUUGAUGCUGGGGUAAAAUUGAUUGGUGCAACAAGUCAUUUUGUAACUGAAGAGCUGGAUGCUGGUCCAAUUAUUGAACAAAUGGUAGAGAGAGUUUCUCACAGAGACACCUUAAAAAGUUUUGUGCAGAAAUCAGAGAAUCUCGAAAAGCAAUGUCUCACACAAGUGAUAAAAUCGUAUUGUGAACUUCGAGUGCUACCAUAUCAAGUAAACAAGACUGUUGUCUUCUGACAAGCUUCCUUAAACUUGUAAUCAUCUCUAAUACUCAAAAAUCUUGAAUCAUGUUUGAUGCCUUUGUUCUAAUUUCUGAGGUCAAUUCGUGAUGCUUUA